GUCGCGGUUUUAGUCCCGCCUCCGUUCAGUACUGGGCGGGUCUAAGCACAUCCCAGGGAUGGCUGCUCAGUCCGUGCCAGGAACUGGCGCUACAAGAUAGCGGAUUUAUUUAUCGCUCGGGCGCAUGACUUUCUCCAUGAGGCUGAGGAGUUCGAGCCGCGGCAGUGAGGCAGCCUGGCACUACCGUAACACGUUCUGCCUUCUGAAAAGGCUUACUGCAAGUACAUUGACAUGGAAUUUAGAAGCCAAUAUUCAUCAACCUGAAUAAAGCCAAACAGAGAAGAAUAACGUGGAUCACAAUGGCCAAGUCGAGGCUCUUCUGUUUGCUGGUGGCGUUGGGUUCGGUUUUCAUGAUUCUCUUCAUCAUUGUUUAUUGGGAUAAUGUUGGGACAGUUAAUCUGAAUCUUCACACUUCCUUCAGCAAGUCUCUUCCUCCCGCAGAACUUUCAACUGCUGGUAUGAGAAACAGUUUUGUUUCAGAUGUAGAUGCAUUUUUAAAUAGCUUUCUCAAUUUUAGCACAAGGAGAAGUGAAUUUCAAAGCACAAAAGCAGAAAAAAUUCCACUGCAAGGCCCGAGCAGCCUGGAGGAAAACAUCAGGGGUUAUGAUUGGUCCACCAAAGGAAAAAUAGAGGAUACAAUUCUAGAUCAGGAAAUGAUACAGCAAGAGAGAAAACAGAAUUUGCUACAGUUUUGUGGCAACUCAAGCUUUGGUUUUCCAACAAAGGAACGUUCUUUCGAUGAUAUCCCCAAUCGGGAACUAGAUCACCUCAUAGUAGAUGAUCGUCAUGGUAUUAUUUACUGCUAUGUUCCAAAAGUUGCCUGCACCAAUUGGAAGCGAGUGAUGAUUGUGUUAAGUGAGAGCCUCCUGGAUAAGAAGGGAGUUCCGUAUCAGGAUCCCUUACUAAUUCCUCGUGAGGAUGUCCAUAACACAAGUAGUCACCUAACCUUUAACAAAUUUUGGCGCCGGUAUGGUAAGUUUUCCCGGCAUAUGAUGAAGAUCAAAUUGAAGAAAUACACCAAGUUCCUCUUUGUCCGUGAUCCUUUUGUCCGACUUAUUUCUGCGUUCCGCAGCAAGUUUGAAAUUGAAAAUGAGGAUUUCUACCGCAGCUUUGCAGUGCCUAUUUUGACUCGCUUCUCCAAUAGGACCAGAGUCCCUGAUACGGUUGGAGAAGCGUUUUCCUCUGGCGCAAUGCCAUCGUUCUCUCAGUUUAUACAAUAUCUUCUUGAUCCGCAGACAGAAGAGCAGAAACCAUUCAACGAACAUUGGAGGCAGGUGUAUCGCCUGUGCCACCCGUGUCAGAUUGAAUAUGAUUUUAUUGGCAAGCUGGAAACUCUCGGUGAAGAUGCGGCGUUGCUUUUAAGACAAUUAAACUUAGAUACACUCUUUCAGUUCCCUCCCAGCUACAGAAACAGGACUGCGAGUAGCUGGGAGGAUGACUGGUAUUCAAAACUUCCUGUAGCCUGGAGACAAAAACUGUACAAAUUGUAUGAGGCUGAUUUUGUUCUUUUUGGCUACCCUAAACCAGAAAACCUGUUGAGUGUAUAAAACAGACUUGCCGAAAUACCAAAAAACGAACAAUAGUUUGUUGCCUUCCAUAAAGAUUUCCAGGGUUGGUACAAUUUUAUAAUUUUGUUUGUUUUCUUUCUAUUGGUUUUUGAAGCAUGAGGUAUAGUUUACAGGAAAAGUCAACCUUUUCAGCUGAAUGAAAUUCGGGGUAUCAUAAAGGGGAACUGAAAACACACUUGCUUUGGACAGUGUACUUGUUGUGUUAAGUUGGUACAUUUGUACACCAGCUCUUUGCAAUUGAAUUACAGUGAAACCUCAAUUUUUUUAUCCCUGGAUUUUAAGUUUUCCCUCAUUUUACAUUGUUGUUUUAUGGUCCCAUCUGUAUAUUAUGCAUAAUUAAUUUCCCUGAUUUUACAUUUUCCUGGAUUUUACACCAUUUUUUUCUGGUCCCCUGAAAAAUGUAAAACGGGGGUUUUUCUGUAUGACAUCUGCAUAGUUGUAGUUUCAGCCUAGCAUUUUUUAAAUCUUUCACUCCUAACACACCCAAACAUAUUUGCGAAGUGCAACAGUAAUGUGAUGCCAAAAGGACAAUAUUUAUUUUGUGUGAAUUUGGUACGUGUUUCACCAUUAUGAAACAAGUACUUUUGUUAGGGACAUGUUUUUAAAGGGUUUUAGUUACCCUUUUAAGGUUAAUUUUUUUUUUUAAGUAAAAUUCUCGCUUCUUCUAAAUUCAAUGAUGCUUCUACCGUCCUACAGGAGGUUCUCUCCAAUUCACUCCAUUAGAUUAACCCAAAAGGAAAGUGCUGUUACAUAACAGUCUUCUUACAGCGGCAGGACAUUGAUUUGUAGCAGAAUUUUUAUGACAUUACCUCUUCGGAUCCUUUUUUAUGUUUGUAAAAGAUUUCCCUUGACAUUCUAACUUCUCAGGAGGAGUUCUUUUAAAAUGCUUUUUACUAUAUAUGUAUUAUUUUCUAAAUUAAUAUAUUAUUUAAAGUAUUUAAUAAAAGAACUUGGGUCAAGUAAA